CCAGGCCAUGUUCGAGCUGGUUACUUCCGAAGCCUCCUAUUACAAGAGUCUGAAUCUGCUGGUGUCUCACUUCAUGGAGAACGAACGUCUGAAAAAGAUCUUACACCCGUCGGAGGCACACAUCCUCUUCUCCAACGUCCUGGAUGUCAUGGCUGUCAGCGAGCGCUUCCUGAUGGACCUCGAGCAGCGGGUGGAGGAGAACAUUGUGAUCUCGGACGUGUGCGAUAUUGUCUACCAGCAUACAGUUAAUCACUUCUCCGUGUACAUCACCUACGUCUCCAACCAGACCUACCAGGAGAGAGCUUACAAGCAGCUUCU